AUGGCUGAUGCACUCUCAAUUGCAUCGGGAGUUGCGGGGUUGCUCUCCCUGGGAAUCCAAGUCACCCAAUCCCUUGUAGACUUUUACUCCUCAUACAAGAACCGAGCCAGUGAUCUAGCCAAGAUUACGCACAACCUCGAAGAUCUUCUUGCAGUCUUCCGAUCCCUGCAUGAUGCACUACAGGGUCGCCAACCUUGGACCAACGCCCUGGAACUAUUGCAAGAUAUCGAUAAGGCAACACAGAGAUGCGAUGAAAUUAUCAAGGAACUGCAGCUCGAGUGCCAAAGAUUUCAGAAGGACUCAGCCACCGGUUUCAGGGGUCAGAUUCAAGUUGCCGGGCGUCGCGUGGCAUAUCCGUUUCGAAAAAGCACCUUACAAAAGCUGGAAGAAGAUAUAAGCGAAAUACGCGAAAAUUUAUCUUUAGCGCUGGGGGUGUUGCAUCUUAGGAGCAAUACACAGAUUGAAGAUGGGAAUACACAACUGAAAUCACUUCUUGAACGAAUAAAUGCCACUCAAAUCUCCUCGACCAUUCGUGGCUGGCUGAUGGCUCCAGAUGCGACAGAAAACCACAAUGCUACGUGCGCCAAACGUCAUAUAAGUACAGGGAUGUGGUUUGUGAAGGGCCAUAGCUUUGCGAAUUGGUUAGUGCAGCGGAACUCUUUCCUCUGGAUCAAUGGCUUCGCCGGAUGUGGCAAGUCUGUUCUAUGCUCGGCCGCGAUCCAACACACAUUCCGCGAGACGCAGCAUAGGCACAAUGCAGGGAUUGCAUUUUUCUAUUUCUCCUUCAACGACGAAUCAAAGCAGAAUGAUUCCGGUAUGCUACGCGCACUUUUGUUGCAGCUGUCAGCACAGCUACAAGACGGUGAAAAAGAGUUAGAGCAGCUGCAUACGUCCUAUAAGUCUGGCACUCCUCCAGUGGAAGCCCUCCUCGCCUAUUUCCGAUGUGUCCUUUGCAGAUUCGAUGACUGCUAUAUUCUGAUCGACGCUAUAGAUGAAAGCCCCCGAGGCCGCGAAAGAGAGCGCGUUUUGAGGGCGAUAGAAACAUUACGGGGCUGGUGUUUACCUGGCCUUCAUCUGUUAAUCACUAGUCGUGACGAGCUUGAUAUCCGCCGAUCCCUUAAUACUUCUUCCGAUCAGAACAUUUUGAUGAAAAACUCAGAGAUUGACAAAGAUAUUCUCAAUUUCGUCUCUUAUCAACUUGCUAAGUCGCCAACGCUUCAGAGAUGGAAAUCCCGCCAUAGCGAGAUUGAAGCUAGAUUAAGCACAAAUGCACAGGGAGUAUUUAGAUACGUUGAAUGCCAAUUUCAGGCCAUCAAACGGGCACGAAACCGGAACCAGCUUGAUGAAUGUCUGCGCUCCUUACCCCGGGAUCUGGAUGAAACAUAUGAGCGACUUCUCUGCAAUAUUGACGAAACCUACGUCAAAGAUGUGCGCCGUGUUUUGACUUUACUUUGCGUUUCUACUAGGCCGCUCACUUUGAAUGAACUGAUUGACGCACAUGCUGUUGAGCUCAAUGAGCCGUCACGCCUUGACCGCGAGGGUCGCUCGUAUGUGCCGGAUGAGCUACUCGAUGUUUGUCUUGGGCUCGUGGAGAUUGUAGCGGCUGAAGAUGAAGAAGGAGAGACGACCUCUAUUGCUCGCAUACCGCAUUUUUCUGUGCAGGAGUACCUUCAAUCAAACCGCAUCCUUCAACAAAAAGCGGCAAGAUUUGCGAUUCGAAGUGGACCCGCGAAUACAGAGGUUGCCCAGAUUUGCCUGGUCUAUCUCUUAGAACUGACGCUUGCUGAAAAGUUGGAUGAAGCCAAAAUCAGGGAUAUGCCACUGGCUCGUUUUUCUGCCAUGCAGUGGCAUCACCACUAUGCUCAUUCAUGUGAGGAAAAGCCCCAUGUGGAAGAAUUGGUGAUACGGUUAUUCCAAGACGAGACGAACUCCUUCGUUACAUGGAUACGCCUAUUUGAUGUGGAUUUUCCAUGGGAUACAACUCCUGAGUUUCAGCGUCCUAUAAAGAACGUGGCCUCGCCUUUGUACUACGCAUCCCUGCUAGGAUUGGAGUCCAUCGUAAACAACAUAACAGCAGUUGCUGUGGGUGAUGGAAGUAUAACCGAUAUAGUGAAUAAAAAAGGUGGGCGAUUAGGGAGCGCACUCCAGGCAGCAUCUUCCAGAGGCCAUGGGAAGGUGGUGCAGAUACUCCUCGAUCGUGGCGCCGAUGUCAACGCUGAGGGCGGAAGAUUCGGUAACGCACUCCAGGCCGCAUCUUACGGUGGCCAUGAGAAGGUGGUGCAGAUGCUACUCAAUCGUGAUGCCGACGUUAAUGCUAAGGGCGACGCCAUAUUCGGCAGUGCACUCCAGGCCGCAGCUUAUAGUGGUCAUGAAAAGGUGGUGCAGAUGCUGCUUGACGUCAACGCGGAGGACGGCAGCUUCGGCAGUGCUCUCUCGGCCGCAUCUUCUAGAGGCCAUGAGAAAGUGGUGCAGAUGCUACUCGAUCGUGAAUCUGACGUUAACGCUAAGGGCGGCACCAUAUUCGGCAGCGCACUCUGGGCCGCAUCUUCUGGUGGUCAUGAAAAGGUGGUGCAAGUGCUGCUCGAUCGUGGUACCGACGUCAACGCGGAGGGCCUAAGAUUAGGCAGUGCACUCCAGGCCGCAUCUUACAGUGGUCAUGAAAAGGUGGUGCAGAUGUUGCUCAAUCGCGGCGCCAAAAAGCAAACCCCAAGGGUAGAUGGAUAG